GGAAAACCCACGCAGUCUUUGUGCUAUGUGCAUAUGUUCUCGGCUGCUCUCACCUCUCCGCCGUUUCUCAUCCUCCUCUCCUAUCCUUCUUUCUAUACCUCCUCGCCGUCUCCUCUCCUGCUCCUCUUCCACGACAAUGGCUGUCUCCAAGUCUCACGCAAGAGACGAAGGCUAUCUCAAUAUAGCAAUCCCUAAACGCAUCCAGCUCUUCCAAUCCAUUCAAUCUGAACAACUCUCCCGCCUCCAAUCCCUCCCUCACGACUCCAUCAAGAUUACUUUGCCUGACGGGACAGUGAAGGAAGGAAAAAGAUGGGAAUCGUCUCCUAUGGACAUCGCAAAGGAGAUUGGGAAGAGUGUGGCUGGGAACGCGUUGAUCUCUCAAGUCAACGGGGUGUUGUGGGACAUGAAUAGGCCUUUAGAGGAUGACUGUGAGCUCAAGAUUUUUAAUUUUGAAAGUGACGAAGGACGCGACACCUUUUGGCAUUCCAGUGCUCACAUUCUUGGCCAGGCUCUUGAGAUGGAGUAUGGUUGCAAGCUUUGCAUUGGGCCCUGUACCACUAGAGGAGAGGGAUUCUAUUAUGAUGCAUUCUAUGGUGAAUUGGGAUUGAAUGAUGAUCACUUCAAGAAGAUUGAUGCAGCUGCAUUGAAAGCUGUUGCGGAGAAACAACCUUUUGAGCGCAUUGAAGUAUCGCGGGAACAGGCACUUGAGAUGUUUUCAGACAAUAAUUUUAAGGUUGAAAUAAUCAAGGAUCUGCCUGCAGACAAAACUAUAACUGUAUACAGAUGUGGCCCAUUGGUAGAUUUGUGUCGUGGACCUCAUAUACCUAAUACUUCCUUUGUGAAAGCUCUUGCAUGUUUGAAGGCUUCAUCGGCUUAUUGGAGAGGCAAUAGAGAUCGUGAAAGUUUACAAAGAGUGUAUGGAAUUUCUUAUCCUGAUAAAAAACGUUUGCAGGAGUAUAAGCAGUUCUUGGAAGAAGCAAAGAAGUACGAUCACAGGUUGCUGGGUAUUAAGCAGGAGUUAUUCUUUUGUCAUCCAUUGAGUCCAGGAAGUUGGUUUUUCCUUCCACAUGGAACUCGGGUUUACAACAAACUAAUGCAAUUUAUAAAAGAUGAGUACAGAAGAAGAGGUUAUGAAGAGGUUAAGUCUCCAAAUAUUUAUAACAUGAAACUUUGGGAGACAUCUGGUCAUGCUGCCAAUUACAAGGAGAAUAUGUUUUUGCUUGAGAUUGAAAAUCAAGAAUUUGGACUGAAACCAAUGAAUUGCCCUGGGCACUGUUUGAUGUUUCAACAUAGAGUUCGUUCAUAUAGAGAACUUCCUCUUCGAUUGGCUGAUUUUGGGGCCUUGCAUCGCAAUGAAGCAAGUGGGGCACUCACUGGACUGACACGUGUUCGAAGAUUUCAGCAGGAUGAUGCUCACAUAUUCUGCAGGAAAUCCCAGAUAAAAGAUGAAGUCAGAGGUGUCUUAGAAUUCAUUGACUAUACUUAUGGAAAAUUUGGAUUCACUUAUGAGCUGAAGCUAUCUACGAGGCCAGAGAAAUACCUAGGAGUCUUGGAAACAUGGGAUGAAGCUGAGAAAGCUCUUACAGAAGCACUGGAUGAGUUUGGGAAGCCAUGGAAGAUUGAUGAAGGUGAUGGUGCAUUUUAUGGACCGAAGAUAGAUAUCAGUGUAUCUGAUGCAUUAAAGAGGAAAUUUCAGUGUGCCACAUUGCAGCUUGACUUCCAGCUUCCAGAUCGUUUUAAGGUGGAAUAUUCAGCAGAGGAUGAAGCCAAAAGUGAAGCACCUGUUAUGAUACAUAGAGCGAUCCUAGGUUCUGUUGAGCGUAUGUUUGCUAUACUAUUGGAGCAUUACAAGGGCAAGUGGCCCUUCUGGCUUAGUCCACGUCAAGCGAUUGUCUGCCCUGUGUCUGAGAAAUCCCAGUCUUAUGCAUUACAGGUGCGGGAUCAGAUUCAUGAAGCUGGCUAUUUUGUCGAUGUGGACGCAACCGACAGAAAGAUCCAGAAAAAGGUACGAGAAGCUCAGUUGGCACAGUACAAUUAUAUACUGGUUGUUGGCGAAGAGGAAUCCAAAACUGGACAGGUGAGUGUGCGGGUGAGAGAUAACGCUGACCAUUCAGUGAUGAGUAUUGAGAGCCUCCUUGGACUCUUCAAGGAAUUAGUUGCAGAUUUCCGUUAGGUGGAUACACAUGUUCAGAGUGAUUAUUACUAGUGGUCUUGUACUAUGACUAUACGUUUUGCUUCUGAGCAACAGCUGAUUCUUAGGUUGGUUUCCCAUCAAAGGGAAACGAAUAGAGAAUCCUUUAGUGUAUGAAUGUGUACGCCCCCCACCCCCAUUAUUCCCCAAUUUACACAUUGGAUGUCGAAGAAAGGGAAAAUUCCUCCAGGCUUUCGCUUUCCUCUUACGAUGGUUUAUGUUCAAUUCCAUGUCUGUUUCUAUGCGCACCAACUUUCAUGUCUUUAUUCAAUGAAUAAAAACAUACGAACAGUGUUCUUGUAAA